AUGGUGGCCUACUCGGUCAAUCUAGGAGGUGGAUCUAUUACGAGUGCUCAAUUGGCAGGGAUUGCACAUGGGCUGCAGAUUGCUUGGGGUCGAGGAUGUCGGAAGGUAGCGCUGCAAACGGACUCGUCUACAGCCAUUUCACUCAUCCAGUCCGCGAAUACUACGCAUCCUCACCAUACUCUCGUCGAUUUUAUCCGCCGACUUUUGGAGCGGGAGUGGGAAGUCUCAGUGAGUCAUGUUUUCCGGGAAGCAAACUUUGUGGCAGAUCAUUUAGCGUCGGUGGGUCACUCUUUGUCUAUGGGAGUUCACGUGCUGGACUAUCCAGGUCCUGCGUUGCGAUACUGGUUGUAUUUUGACACUAUUGGGGUCCAAACCCGCGUUCCAUUAAUAUUUAAGGGUUAG